UAAAAUAUUUAUAAAAUUAUAACGAAAUCCAUCAAAUAGUCAGCAAGAGAUCUAUUUAGUCUUCAGUCGGCACGCACAGUUGAUAGGUAACGUAAAUGAAAUAACAAUUGGUUCUAUUUAUUUUUUUACACCCGCCCUCAGAAGAAGAAAAAAACUAUGAUCGCUUCCCGUCGUUUGCUAAGUGGUUUCCUGGUGAUCGCCUUAACCAUGUCCAUCCUACAAAAUGCGACGGCCGCAUCCGCCAGUGGAAACUAUGACGAAGAUGGUGGCAUCAGCAGUCGUGGUGUUAGAGGCAGUGUCGUUGACGGUGGUGAAGGCGUAACGUCAUCGCCGUCGCUCAUGGACCGAAUGUCGGGCGUAGUGGACAGCGUCAAGUUGCAGGCGUCCGAGACGCUCGACGGGGCGGGGGCCGCGGCCGGUAACGCGGCGUCUGUGCUCAGCCGCCUCCAGCCGAGCGUCACCAAACCGAUGUCAGAAUUCGGCGGCAGCGGUGGAUUGCACGUGACUGAGAAAAAACUGCAGUCGAGUGACAACGCGCUGGGGCGGCUGCAAGAGACCAGGGGUCGCACCGUGGCCGCGGCCAAGAAGGUGAUGGACGAGACCAUACAGAAGCUGCAGUCGACCGUGAACGACAUACGGCUCACGAUCAGCGGUAAUGACCGGGACGACGUCGGUGGCGACCGGAGGAUCAGCAACGCGAUGGACAGCCUGCUCCGAGCCGUCGGCACGGAGGGCAAGGCGGUGUUCGAGUACGCGUCCGACGUCAUCAACGAGACGGCCGACCGGGCCAAGGCAGCUGUCGACAAAGCCCAACAACAACAAAAGCCACUGCGACGGCCGAGCCAACAAUGAUGAUAUAAUAACAUAAUAUUAAUCAUUUCGUGUUACCCAUUUCACACUGUUCGCAAUCAAACGCCAUUAAUAAUAUUGGUAUUAUUAUUACCUAUCAUUAUUAAUUGUUAUUAUUAUAGAMAUUUUCUG